AUGUUUUCCGAAUAUGCCUCGCGCUUCCUGGCGCAGAGCAACGUGCAGGAAGAUCAGCGGAAUCCCUCCCGAACCCCUCUCGAUCGCCGACGACGCAUGCCCUCGAACUCCUCCCAAUCGCGAUAUGUUCAGCGACCGGGUGCGCAACAUUCGCGCGCUCCCUCACGCUCUCAAUCUCGCUUUCCUUUUGCAUCCCGCCUGGCCCGGAAUGAUCCGCAGGCUCCGCUCUUCUUCAGCGCCACGGCCGACUACGAGGACGAAGGCGAUGAUCACGAGCGAGAAGUGGAGGAUACGUACGCUUUGCAACGAUCGAGGCAGCAGUUUGGAGGACCCAGCAACAUGUCGGAGAGUUCCGAACUGGAAGAUGAUGGAAUCGUAGGAAUGGAGACGCUGGCCGGCCAAAACCACGACAGACAACGGGCGAGGGAAGAGAGUGAGCAUCCCACCACAUCCUCCGACGACGACGGCAGUCCGACAAGUCGUGCGAGCGGCAGGGGAAAGGGCAGAUUGGUCGACAUUGAUCUCAACUCCACCAUUCAUGAGGAACCGCCGGAGUCUCUGGCCCGUCUACAUUCCACUCGAGACAUCGACGAAGAAGACGAUCCGCCACUACCCUUCCAGCCCUUUCGCUCCACCACCAAACCCCAGCGAUACAGCGCAUUUCUCCCCAUGGAGACGGACGAGGCCACCCAAAUGAUGCAUCCCCGACCGGCAUCUCUGGCCGAAAGUGUGCCCCAGACCGUCAUUCUCCCCACAGAAGAAGUGCCCAAACACGACGCUUUCUGGGCCAGCUUCUUCGUCAUCUCUCACUCCGCCAUGAUCGCCGCCUUUGUCCUGGUCUGGUUCCAAACAUCCACCCCAAAGACGCCCCUCGGCGACACCAUCUUCACCGUCAUCCGCGCCAGCACCAACAUGCUCUWGUGGGACACUCUCCUCGCAGUGGUCAUAUCCCUCCUCCUCUUCUCACUCCUUCGCAAUUAUGUCCGACCACUCGUCUUCAGCAUGCUGGUCAUCGUCCCCGUUCUCCWCGUCACCUUCUCCCUCUACCCAUUCAUCAGCAGCUUCCACGGCGCUGCACACGGCAACUCCAUCCAAGAUCGUCUCAUGCGUUGGUUCUCCGUCAUCCCGGCAAUCAUGGCCUUCUUCUGGACAUGGUCCGUCAUCCACAACCGCCACUCCCUCAACAAGGCCAUCCAGCUUCUUGAAUUCAGCGUCAAGAUCCUCGCGGCAUCCCCAUACCUCAUCAUUCUUGGAUUCACCGCUCUCGGAUUCGUCAUCGUCACCUCCUGGACUUGGCUCCUCAUGUUCGAGCGCGUCUUCCUCUCCGGCCACUUCUCCUCCUCCGGUCCGAAAUCGUUCAUCCUCUCCGCUAAUUCAUGGUGGCUCGGCGCUUUCUUCGUCCUCCAACUUCUCUGGGCACUAUCCGUCAUUGCCGGAAUCCAACGUACGACGACUGCAGCUGUCGUCUCCCAAUGGUACUUUCACCGCCUCGCAAGUCCCCAACCUUCCAGCGCCGAAGUUGUCAAGGCUAGUUUCCUUCACUCCACGGGCGCUUUGUUUGGGUCCAUCUGUCUGAGCACAUUCCUCUCCCUCUUGAUCCGCUUGCCGUUGAUUAUCCUGCCGGGAAGAGUCAGCGGUUUGCUAGGGAUGUGCACGUAUUGGAUGAUUCCACAGGGACUCGCGACGUUGACAAACCCGCUGACUCUGACGUACGCGGCUAUCCAUUCUCAGCCUCUGGGAAUCGCUGCCCGUGGCCUUUCAAGUUUGAACCUCACAAGUAGAACCAACCCAAGUAACACUCUCGGUCGGGAACAUUUCAACGGCGCCGCAGGUCAAUCUACACUCCUCCCUUACCGCUUAGCAAAACUGAUCCUCCAAGCCUCCCGCUGGUUGGCAAGUAUCGCUCUCGGUUUUGGAGGCUGGAUCCGAGUCGCUCACAAUCUACAAUUCGAAGGCUUGAGGGGAAGCAUGUAUGCAUAUGUGGUGGGAUUGAUGGCCGCAACGAUUGGAUUCGCCGUUCUCGGUGCGAUUGAGAAUGUCUUGGGAGGUGUCUUGGAUGCUUGCGUUGUUUGCUGGGGAAGUGAGAGUCUGGGAGGUAGAGGGGAGGCGAAGUUCUGUCGASAGGCAGGAAACUUGUUUGGUGGUGAGGAGGAUUUCGGAGAGAGAGAAGGUAGGAGGGGCAUGGUCUGA